AUGAAGUGGAUCGACGGCGCGCUGAAGAAAGUAGGGGGGGAGAGGACCAAAGAUACCGCUUGGUUGAAUGAGCUGCAAAGUAUCUUGCACGAAGCGAACAAUAUCUUUGACGACCUCAGGUAUGAGGGUGGCAAGCUACUUGACAACGAGCUGCCGUCCGCAUCCUCAGGUCCGUCGAUCUUCUGCGGCCUCCCUACGUUCUCUUGCUUUAACUCAAUUCGAGUUCGUCACAACUUAGCCAAUAGAAUCAGAGCCCUCAACAAUAGAAUCGAUGAAGUUGCGAAGGACCAGUGGAUCUUUAAUCUUGAGUCGGUAAAGAUGGUGGGUCGAGUGGCAAGCAUGUUGUCCACGCGCGAGACUUGUGAGAUCAUGGAAGCCGAUGUUGUCGGGAGAGAGAUCGAAGAUGCUACCGACGAAUUGGUCGAGAUGAUAGCCACGAACAACCGAAGGAAUUUUCAAGUGAUUGCUGUAGCAGGCAUGGGAGGGAUCGGCAAGACCACGCUCGCUCAGAAGGUGUACAACAAUCCUAGAAUCUGGGAGAACUUCCAGGCUCUUGGAGGGAGGAGCAUCUUUCUCGUGCUGGACGAUGUAUGGCGAUCGGACGUAUGGACCGAUUUACUCCGAAACCCGCUGCGAAAUGGAGCAGCUGGUGGAUGUGUUCUGGUGGAGAAAAUGACUGUUGAUUCAGGCUGGGAGUUGCUUUGCAAGAAAACCUAUCUAGAAGAAGAAGGAGAAGAUGUGCAAACUUUGAGAAGUGUGGGGGUUCGAAUUGUUAACAAAUGCGGCGGCCUUUCGCUUGCAAUCAAAGGGAGCUCUCUACUUGAGUUACGACGAUUUACCGUCUCAUCUGAAGCGAUGCUUUCUUUCAUUAUGCCUUACCCUGAGGUUGAUGGACUGUACCUUGGGGAUCUUCGCAGGAUGUGGGUGGCAGAAGGGUUCGUCGAUCAAGAAGAAGGUUUAAUAAUGGAAGUGUUAGCGGACCAAUACUACUUCGAGCUAAUAAGGAGGAGUCUGCUACAGCCUUAUUCUAUUUAUGGGGAUCAGAGAAUAUGCGAAAGCAGAGAGAUUGUUACAAUCCCUGGUCUAGAAACUGAGCAACUACGGUUGAGGACUUUACUACUAUUCAUGAGUCCGCCUAGAAUUCCGCACAAUCUUUUCUCUAGGUUUCCAUAUCUCCAAGUGCUGCUUCUUAACGGAAAAGGGAUUGAAUGCAUUCCUGAUAGUGUGGGAAAUCUAAUACGCCUCCGAUUGUUAGAUCUUGAUCGGACUAGCAUAACCAAGCUACCGGACUCUAUCGGCUUACUAAGAAAUUUACAGGCAUUAAACCUACAUCAUUGCGAAUUUCUAAACACACUUCCAAAGAGUAUCACUCACUUAUGCAGCCUUAGGCAGCUUGGCCUUUUUGGUACCUCUUUAAGAAGUGUCCCCGAAGGGAUUGGAAGACUGCAACUGCUAAAUGACCUGACAGGAUUCAUUAUUAAUGCAGAUAAUAGUUGCAAUACCGAACAAAAUAGUUGGGACUUGGAAGAAUUAAAAUCACUUUGCCAACUAAGGUGGCUCCAAUUAUCUAUUUUGGGGGGAAAACAUAAUGCAAAUUCCGUGCAGUCCACAGAUGACCUAAUAGAUCAACUGCUGACAGUAACUCAACCAAGGAAUAGGGCUUCUGUACUUGAAGAUAAAGCCUUCCUAAAGCAACUAAUUAUAUCCUGCACACUGCAGUCGGAGAGGGUAGAAGUGCCGCUAUGCACACAGGGAGAGAUUAAUAGGAUUGAAGACACUUUUGAGAAAUUACGCCCUCCCACUUGUUUAGAAGAUUUAUUGAUCUACAACUUUUACGGCCAUCAAUUUUCGAGUUGGAUGGUGUCAUCAUCUUUGGGUACUUACCUUCCUUAUCUAACAUAUGCGAUUUUCAUAGGUUUGCCACUAUGCUCACAACUUCCAUCUCUAGGCCAAUUGCCGCAUUUGAGGCAUCUCUCAAUCAAAGAUGCUUUGGCAAUUGUAACUAUUAGUUCAGAAUUACUCGGUAAUGGGGUUGGUGAUGGGGUGCAUGCAGCAACAGCCUUUCCUAAGCUUGAAUUUCUUUUCAUGAUGAAAAUGCCUAAUUGGGAAGAAUGGUCCUUGGUUGGCAGUGAAACUGGAAACUCAUCAUCUGUCUCACUUCGAGUUAUGCCUCGUUUAGAGCAAUUGCAUGUAGUGGAUUGCCCAAAACUUAGAGCACUUCCAAAAGGUUUGCAGCAACUCAGAGCACUCCGGAUUUUGGAUGUUGAACGAGCUCAUAGCCUAAGUGUAAUUGAGGACUUCCUGUUCAUAACUCAGCUUAAACUUGAAAUGAAUAAUGGCAUAGAAAUGCUCUCAAAUCUUCCUGCCCUAAAGAAGCUCACCAUUUGGGACUCUCCAGGUCUUAAGUGCGUCGAUAAUUUGGUUGCACUACAAUACCUAGAGCUGCAAGAUUAUUCUAUGGAGUCCCUUCCAGAAUGGUUAUUUAGACUGGUCCAGCAACGAGUGCAUCUCCAACUGGUGAUGCGCUGCAGUGCCACCGUAAUUCAGAGAUGCCUUAGGGGAGGUCUGGACUGGCCUAUCAUCGAGUGCUUUUCUCGUGUUAGCGCCUACACCGAAGAUAGAUCAACAUAUCUCGAAUAUACCAAGCAAAAUGGGCGUUAUCGAACUAAUCAAUGA